AAAUUUGUGUCCUUCGUGCUGCGUUUUUGAGGAAGUGUAAUGAGAUAACGAUUGGCAGUAAACGGACCGCCUAAUAAAAUGGUUACGGAAAUGACGCUGGAUUCGGAUGAGGACGAUGACCUGGAUGUGGAUUACACCAACCUUACCACGAUUAAAAACUUCGAUUCAGGUGGAUCGAUGAAUCCGUACUCAACGGUUACUCGCACCACAAUCGAGGUGACCAGCAACGAACAGUCCCUCCAAUCCCGGAUAGCAACGAAAGCAUCGGCACCGGUUAGCUUGCUGGUGGAAAGUUUGCUGCAGCAACUAUGCUCCUUGCUAGAAUCGGACCCGGAACGUUCGCGUGCGCUCUACAAAACCAUUUGCGAACGAUUGCAUGCGGUCAACCUGAUCGACGAAACGUACACGAUGGGCGAGUUCGAAAUGAUGCGCAGCCAGUACCAAAAAGCGCUGUACCAUUUGGUCAGCAUCACACGGGGAAACGAUUUGCCGGUCGUUUUGCCUGACCUGCAAGAGUACUGGCCGCUUCCAUCGGGCCUUGAAUGGUCCCGGUACUAUCGGGAGUUUGAGGAGCUUUCCUUCAUUGCCGGCGGAGGCUUUGGUAAGGUGUACCGUUCACGCAACAAACUCGACGAUACCGUGUACGCCGUCAAGAAGGUGACCAUUCGAUCAACCACCAUUAAAAAUGUGUUGGUACAUUUGGCGGAGGUGAAAACGCUGGCUAGUUUGAACCACAUCAAUAUUGUACCGUACAAAGCUGCCUGGCUUGAGCCGCUAAUGUCGCCUGGGAAAAGUAAUAGCUCGAACAGUGCAUCGUUCGUGAUGGAUGAAGAGGAUGAUUAUUCAUCCCAAGACGAAGAUGACGAUGAAGCGGAAAAUUCGGUCAACAGGAGAACAAAGCGAGAUAUCAGCGAUUCGUUGCGUCGACCAGAGCAUGAUUCGGAGGAGUUUAGUAUUCUAUUCGAAAAUAGCAGUGAAGGACAAGUCACGGAUGGCGAUGGUGAUGGUGAUCGGCAUCAGAUAGCGGAAAUAGAAGACUCCUCUCUAGGCUUGGUUAACAUCGAGGAUACCCAACCUCACAUCAACCUAAAAUGGGCCACUUUGUACAUCCAGAUGACCCUGUGUCACCUUACACUGCGCGAGUGGUUGGAUCAGCGUAACGGAGCGGACAAUUUUACCCAGUUCUACACCGAUUUCUUGCAGAAUCGUUUGCAAAACAAUCAUCUGAUGAAUUCCAUUCCAAGGAACUCAUUUUGCCGCCAAAGUUCCCAGUUAGCAGAUCCAAUCGAAAGUGCUCCGAUCGGAAAAGAUACGUCCUCCCGGCGUAGCUCGGAAUCUUCCAGAGACGAGUCGCAGUCGGAACAACACGUACAGCAUCUGGAUAUAGUGAUCGACAUCUUUCAGCAGCUGCUCAACGGGCUCAACUACAUACAUUCGCGUGGCAUAGUCCACCAUGAUAUCAAGCCAAGCAACAUAUUCGUCAGCCUUUCGGAUCACGAUUCAAAAUUAAGCAUUCAGUUGGGAGAUUUUGGGCUGGCCUGCCCACUCCAGAGCUCGCAUGUCGGCGUUGGCUUCGGGACACCGUUGUAUGCUGCCCCCGAGCAGCUGGAAGGCAAGUGCGACCCAAAGUCGGACAUCUACUCGCUGGGCAUAAUCUUGCUCGAACUGCUGCUCCCUUUUUCCACCGACAUGGAGCGUGCGGAAACGAUAAAACAAGUGCGCCAUGGCCACUAUCCACCCGAGCUGGAGCGUGAUUUUACGAUGCUGCUAAAAAAUCUGCUUCAAAUGCACCCUUCAAGGCGUCCCGGGAUGCCUGAUCUGGUCGAAGCGGUUAACCGAAUCCGCAUCAACCGCGAUAAGGUGAUUUCGGAGCUGCGGCGCAGCUUAACGCUACGCGAGGAAGAAAUCGCCUGCCUGCGGUCACAGAUCGACGUUCAGCAGCGUGUGCAGGUCGAGUCGCACGAGGAACGGAUGCUCGUGGAACAGCGAACACGCAGUUUGGUCGUGAAGGAGCAAGAGUUGAUCUACAUGAAUUUGGAAAUUCAAAAUAAAAACCUACAGCUGCGCACCAAGGAAAUGGAGCUGCGCUCAAAGGAUGAAGAAAUAAAUAAGCUGAAAGAGAUGUUACGAGUAUACCAGGAAAAGGAAGAAAAAGUUCAACGGUCAGAAGCUUAAUGAGCAUGACAUCCAGUGCUAGGAUACCCAUAUCGAAUGUUCGUGCAUUGAUUCAACUCUUACAUCGAUCAUGCGUUUCAUGAGCAACAUAGAAUCGUGACUUCAUAACUAAUUAGCCUCCCGUUAGUUUAUACUUAAAGACUACAUCCAUAUAAUUUAAAAUACUUCUAUAGAUUAUGGUCUUUACUUACAGACUACUUAGAGAAUAAUAAAAUUGUGAUUAU